UUAUGUCCAUCUGGUUUCAGUGUCCGGUGAGAGAGAGGUGGGCAAUGAGGAAGCGCAGGUGGAUGGAGUCGUUGGUCAGGAUCUGCAGAUGAAGUGUCCAUUCACACUGAACAACGGCGACGCACUCUACAAGAACAGUUGGAAGGUGAUGGAUGAGAGUGGCACGCUACUGACCGUCUACAGCUACUACGAGGACGCCGGAAGUCCGCGCCAAGCGCUGCGCCACCUGGUGAACAGAUCCGAAGUCGUCUGCUCAAAGAACGAGUGUGUGCUGACGAUUAAGCAGCUACGCGCUGAGGAUGAGGGAGCCUACCUGUGUAACAUAGAGUUCGACAGAAAGGUCGGCGAAAGCAAAAAGUUCAACCUGUCCGUGAACAUUGCGACUCAAGAUUCGAACAGUGAGAAAAACGAAGGUAACCUGUACGUAGCAUCAACGCUGCCGCUGCUGACGCUGGCUGCCAUGACAACGGCGUGGUUCUUGUGAGGGAGCGAGACAGCAAAAUACACAGAAAGACAGCGAGAGAGAGGCACACAUAGAGAGACACGAAGAGAGAGAG